GCGGCUGUGAAAAGGGGACGGGACUCGGUAGCCGGGGAUUGGCGUGCGACUGGCCAACCAAAUGACUAAAAUCGUUAUAUACAGGAAUUAACGUGUAUGAUUUGUGCGCGGUGCCUCGGCUUUGUGAAAGGUGUAAGACCGCCGCCCAGUUUUCUGUUACGAGCGAUCAAAUGAAGUCUCGGAGUCGACCGUAAACAGGCCUGCGAGCCUGGCUAACCCGCUGCUGUCUUUGUGUUUCUUAGCUAGUUAGCCGUCUAGCUACCAGGUAUCCAGCUUGUAUUAAACCUGCCAGAGGCUGAAAGGGUAGAGAUGUGGACGAAAUAGCAUAAUGUAUCAUCUAUCAAGGUGGUUUACAACAAGCAUCCGUCUGCCCUCUGUGAGUCGUGCACAUCGUGUAGCACUAAUCUUGGCUUCCGAAUUCCAGCUAGACUGUUGCCAUGGAGCAGUACACUGCCACCACGACCAGCGGAGAGCAGAUAGUGGUUCAGGCAGCCGGCGGGCAGAUCCAGCAGCAGAGCACAGUCACUGCAGUCCAGCUGCAGGCUGACCCACAGGGUGACCCAGGAGCGGCCCAGCAGGUGCAGACUCUCCAGGUAGUUCAGGGACAGCCCCUAAUGGUGCAGGUCAGCGGGGGUCAGCUCAUCACCCCCUCUGGGCAGCCUAUAAUGGUACAGGCCAUGUCAGGUGGGCAGGGCCAAACCAUUAUGCAGCUACCAGUGACAGGCACACAAGGUCUUCAGCAAAUCCAGCUGGUGCAGCCUGGACAGAUCCAGCUGUCUACGGGUCAGACGCUUCAGGUGCAGGCUGCACAGGGGCAGACACAGCAGAUUAUCAUCCAACAGCCCCAGACUGCAGUGACCGCAGGACAGAACCAGACUCAGCAGCAGAUCACAGUGCAGGGUCAGCAGGCCCAGACGGCUGAGGGCCAGACCAUCCUCUACCAGCCGGUCAGCGCAGACGGCACCAUCCUUCAGCAGGGAAUGAUCACCAUCCCUGCAGCCAGUCUAGCGGGAGGCCAGAUCGUCCAGGCUGCAUCCAGCCCGGGCAAUUCCAGCCCUCAGGGCACGGUCACUGUCGCCCUGCCCGUUGCCGGGAAUGUCGUCAACACUGGGGGCAUGGUCAUGAUGGUCCAAGGCGGCAGCUCCGUCCCCACCAUGCAGCGAGUUCCUCUCCCCGGAGCUGAGCUGCUGGAGGAGGAGCCUCUCUACGUCAAUGCCAAGCAGUACCACCGUAUCCUGAAGAGGCGACAGGCUCGUGCCAAGCUCGAGGCUGAAGGCAAGAUCCCCAAGGAAAGGAGGAAAUACCUGCAUGAAUCCCGUCACCGUCAUGCUAUGGCACGGAAGCGUGGCGAUGGCGGGCGUUUCUAUUCGCUGAAGGAAAAGGAGGAGAUGGCCAUACAGGUGGAGGCUGAGCAGGGCCCAUCCGGAGGGGAAGCCGUCACUCACAUGGUCCGGGUUUCGUAACCGCCCCUGUUUGUACGCAUGUGCAUCGCUGGGUCACUCAGCUUUAUGUUAACAAGAUCGCGAGGCAGACCCAUCGCGCUCCGAAUCUCAGCGAACGGUUUAUGCCCAUUCUCGCGCUGGCUCUGCUGAGUUCUGGUGUCAAACCCACUAUUCUAUGACAGUUUUUGACUAUAUCAUUGUAAAUGAGGGAGAGCUGGUUUUGCAUCAACUAUUAGCUCUCUUACUUUGUCUUUGGGGUCUUUGCAAGCAUGGGAAGACAAACAGUACUUAUACUGAGGAUUCCCCCCCUCCCCCGUGACAUCUGACUGAAGCUGUCUUGUAUGCUGUAUUUUUACUUGGAAGUGAUUUUUCUUCUAUGCAUGACUUUUAAAUUAAUUUGUUCACCUGUCUGAACGGGAGUCUCCUCAUGUUCUCGCAUAUGUUAAUGCUCCUUUGUAGUGACGCAAAGACACUCGCUUGAAUAUUUCUUAUAUGUUUAUUAUGAAUAGUCUGCAUUUUACUUCCUCAAACAAACUGAAAUAAUUUGCUGACUAUGCACUUCCACACAGAUUCAAGUUUUUCUUGCCUUUGCAUACCUUAUUGAAUUCGUGAGUUGGAUUUGGUGUUUUAGGGCAGGAAAACCCGAAACUGUAGGGGGCAGUUAAAGGGUUAAGGUGCAGAUGCCAAUAGCAGUCAUUACUGUAUCCAAAAUUUCAAAGUAAUUUUGUAACAAAAUCAGCUUGGACAUUUUAUAUGAAAAUAAACGUUAAUGUGAAAAUAUAUUUUAUGUCCAACAUUUGGAAGUGCUGUAUGACAAGUGCAGAUUUGUGUGUGUGGCUUUAGAGAAAAACAGGGCAACUUCUUAAAAUAACUGGGAAACACCAGCCAUAAAUGUCUUUUUGAAGAAAAUAUUCUCCAUUGGUGUAACUAAUUUAGUACCUGGCAUCUAAGAGAGUUUCUUCACAACAUCCCACAAGACCUAAAUAUAGAUGUGUGGUUGGCAUAGCUGAAUACCAACUGCACCACUGACAUAUGCUCUAAAUCAGAUCCAAACCAAACUUGAGCAUACUAAGAUUUGUCACUUUGGACUUGUGAACAAUGAUUUUUGAAUUUGUGCGUUUUAUCAUAACAGAUGAGUUUGUAGUGUAUUCCUUUGAAGUUGUGUAAAGAGAAUCUGUAAAUAUUUUUGCAAAUCUCAUCUUCCUGCAACUAGGAGGUGAUGGAGCCAUGGAGAUGUUUAGUUGCGUGACCUAUGAUAAUUCUGUUCCAAGGUCUGUGGAGCUGUGUGUCCCUGAAAUGAGCCAUCUCCUUUUUGCCCUUUUUAUUCUGCUCUAGGAUCUGUUUCACCCAUCUGUGUUUGGGCCUUAGUAAUGAUGAGAGAGGUGUCAAAAACUGCCUCAGGUCUGCAAAGACAGGCACCUGCCGUCAGCUUCCCAUUGAAGCCGUUCUUACGGCACAACAGCCAUACAUUAGCAUAAGAACAGUGAGCCAUUAAUCAGGGCAAUAAAUGCUGUGGAAUUUUGUCCUUUUCCGUAGAAGAGGUGUGUCUGUCCUUUUGGAGCAUAAUGCAACAUCCAGUACACAGUAAAAACCAUACAUGUCCUUAAUUUGAAUAUCAGAUAAAGGAGCCCUGGUAGGUGGCCCUUCCUUGCUUACCUCUAUCUCUUAAAACAGCACGAGCUUCACCGCAAGAGGACAAGAACUGGAAUUUUCACAGUGCAUCAAAAAAUGGCAAAGUGACUUGUUAAGGUCUAGGUUGUGUUAACACAGUAUAAUACAUGAAGUCUUGUAAUAAGGUGGCACUUAUGGAUGCACCGCCCAGCCCUGUUUCUUUACUGCAACAACACAAUGUACGAUACCCAUGAUGGUGAUUAUUUCUGUUGUCAGCAAGACUAGCCUCACACCCAGGAAAACUGCAGCUGGCUAUUGGCCAGUGCAGCUUGGGGCCCUAGUCAUCCGUUCCCAAUUAUUAAUUUCAGCCAAAUUGUGUGUAUGUGUGUGUGUCACUCGAUUCUGUUUGGCUAAUGCAGUCAGCAAACUCAAGCCCGGCUCUGAUUGGGCUCCUUCAUCAGUCCACUCUGGCUUCCACUGUUCCGCAGAGCCUCAUCGCCAUAUAUGGUGACUCCUCUCUGCCCUAAGAGUUCCCAUAAAAAUG